UCCCAUUUUCCCUUCUUAUUUCCUCCCUUACUUUACGCAUUAACGGAUCUUCUGGACCGUCCUCGCUCUGUCUUCUCCUCUCUCAGAAGAAGAAACGUCGAACCUCUUCUCUCAUUAUGGGUUAAUCACUCUCUUCCUCCCUUCUUCGUUGUUUCUUCUCUCUUCAACUCCAAAAACAGAGACGAAAAAAAAUGUUCAUUUUUCUCUGACGUCAACGUGUUUCAGAAGCAAGUAGUGCGAUUCUGUUGAUUCAAAAAGAAGGGUUUAAGGAUAAGAUGGAGCAAGUUGCUGUACCAAGUGGGUACGAGCGAGUUGUUCUACCAUUUGGGUACAAGUUUUGUCCUACAGAUUCAGAAUUAAUUCUUUUCUAUUUAAAGAGCAAGAUAUUGGGUCAAGAUCCUAUUGUAAAGAAAAAGUCAUUGGAUCAAGAUCUUAUUGAUAUAAUCCCUACCAUUGAUGUUUUCUCCAGCAACCCAGAUCAGCUUCCCGUGGGUGACUAUGAGCAUGGAUCGUGCAGUGAAUGGUAUUUCUUUUCCAACAGAAGAAAAGGCAAAAUUUUAACAAAAGAUGGUUUCUACCGUGUCUCCUCUAGGAAUCACGUCUAUAUGAGCAAACACAAGAAAGAAUUGAUUGGUUUUGUGCGAAAACUUGAUUUCUACCAUGGAAGGCCUGAUAAAGGAUCCAAAUCUCAAUGGAGUAUAUACGAGUAUAGAGUUAAUCCUGAGUGGCUUCAAGUUAAUGAAAUGGAUCAUGCUACUCGAGAAAAGAUUUUAAAUGUUGUUGCUUGCAAAGUCAUUUAUAGACAACCGCCCAAGCCAGAAGGCACAUUUGAAUUGCUCGGAGUUAGAGAUGUUGAACUCUUCAUAAAGAAUCAGGAGAUGGACAAUGUAGAACUCGAACUCAAUGAAAAAGAUCAAAAGGAAAAUGAGAAUGAAAAUGUACAACUUGAGCUCAAGACCUCCAGGAAUGAAAGGGAUCGAAAGGGAAAAGAGAAGGAUCAAAAUGAGAAGGGCAAUGAAAGGAUCAAAAAGUAAGAGGAAAUAGGAAAAUGUUAUGUUGAAUCCAAAAAAUCUUGGAAAAGUUGCAGAACAGCAUUGUCUUCCCAUCUCAAAUUUUUGUUUUAAGGUCUUUUACCAUAAGAAAAGAGAAAAAAAA